CGGUGCAGUGGAUGCGCAUCCCAAGAGCGGAGCCUGGUGUCCUACGCCACUGGAAGACCCUCCCUUUUCACGAGGCAGUCGCCCGCCUCUAUGCCCACACUCUCAUCCGUGUUUUCGAACGAUCGUACAAAAUCUGUAAGUAAUUGGUGAUGCGUCACAAUUUUGGAGCAACACAUGUAGAUGCAUGGCACUCACUGUGCAUAUACGGGCCCCCCUACUUCAAAAGCUGUUGGCUCUCUGGUUGAGAUUGGUCAUGCCAAGCUGUAUCUGCGUUGGUCAACGACUGGAGCAUCGUACAAAGUCGCCAACCUCCACUGACGUUACGAAUCACCGUCAACCACCUAGCAAAGCGUAGCCUCCAACUGAAGUUGGUCUCUGGGUAAGUGCACUCACCAACAGGUCCUAGGUCACCAUCUACCCCUCAUGUUUGACGCGUGACCGUGAUCGCUCCAUGUCAGGGCGCGCUGCAAUGGACGAGGACGAGGAGCCGUAUCAAUGGGGUCACUUGGAAUGCGGACCUCCUCCGCCUUCAGAUGAAGGAUGGGACCCCCCAGACCCGCUGGUUCUAAAAUAUGGCGAUGACCCUUUCGUCAACGCAGCAAAGGACCCUCAUGCGGUGAAGAGGCUUCUCGCAGAUGGCACACACGUCACUCCCGAAGGUGUACUUGCCGCGGCUGACGCCUGCCACACGGGCGCGCUUGAAGUCCUUCUCGAGGCCGGAAUUUCGGCAAAUAUUAGGUCUGAGUCGGCCGCAGCCCCAGACGCCGGGGUUCCGACGGGCUGGACGACGCGGGACGUUAUGGUUACCUGGCGCAACGUGAUAUUUUACGACGAGUGGCAGGAAUGGUUUCCGCUACGGACCGUCUCACAGGCGACGAGGUUGCCAAUAACCCAUGAAGCGAUAGAGCGGCAAAUCGAUGUGAUGCGACUGCUGAUCAAGAAAGGUGCGGACCCGUACGCUCUGUACCGAGAGGCUCUUGGGCGCUGCAAUUGGUAUCCCUUUCCCGGCGAUGCGUACGAUGAAGAGCUCGACCCUCCCUGGGAAGACCGUUACGCCGAGGAACCGCCCCCGCAGGGCCGCUUAUACGGCACUCGAAGCGUCAUUCAUUCUCUCUUUGAAGAAGGAGGACAGGUGUUGCCUUUUUUUGACGAAGACUUUCCGCUCUCGUUGGAGUCCCGCGAUCCACAGGGGCGGACCAUCCUUCACUCCGCCUGUCGAAGCGGCUUGGGUGCGGACGCCCUGGUAGGAACCAUCUUGGGGGAAGUGGAACGCAACGAUUACAAUCGCAAGAUCUUUGUCACUGCAGAGGAUGCGGAUCUCUCCUUGUUCCACGCCCUGCGACUGCGCAAUGCCGACUUGCUUGCUGUUGACGACAACGGAAAGCACAUACUACACCACAUGCUCGAGGCGAAUAGGCUGUGGCCUUGGGGCAGUCGGCCGCCGGUGAUCCACAAUGCCUUCUCCUACGUCCUUGCCAAUCUCCCCGAAUUAGUUCAGAAACCCGACCGGCACGGGACGCUGCCCCUCCACUCCGCCUUUCAACUCUGGUGUCGUCACCAGUGGUUCAGCAAUAUGGAGGAUGAAAUCGGCAUCGUAACCAUGAUUCAGGAGCUCAUCGCCGCCGGGGCCAAUCCACUCGCCACGGACGGUAGGGGCAACACGGCGCUGCAUUAUCUUGCCGCCAACGGUCUCGCCGAGCGGCUUCGUUCCGAGGUCGCCCGACGCGUGCUUCGUCAAUUUAUAGACCUGGGUGUGGACGUGAACGCGCGUAAUGCAUCGGGGCGGUCGGCCAUGGAAGUAUUCCUCGACGAUGACGGGAGCAUUUCUGAGUUUCGAGAGUCAAGAUAUAUGUGCCGAGUAAUUUACAAGCAGGUUCCAGUCGAGGAAGAGCUGGAUGCGGAGGUGUUUGAAAUGUUUGACAAAGCCGGAGUGAAAUGGAUGGAGACUGAUGGCAAGGGCAGGACGCUGCUUCACAUAGUAGCAAAGCAUGAUAUAGCGAGGACGAGAGGCAGGAUGACAUUUCUGCUAAACAAGGGCGUCGAUGCGCUAGUCAAAGACUCAGAGGGAAGAACCGCAGUGGAUGUCGCACAACAAUAUGCCACAAGGGAGACUGCGUCUGUGCUACAGGCUCAAAAACCAGAGCUAAGUCUGAACAGAGAGUACUGA